GUGCUAGCGCAAGCGUAACAAUGGUAGCACUGCUGUAAAACAGCCAAAUACCCCAGGCAUAGAUAACGACUCUGUCUCUGUUCAUGUGAGUGUUUAGAAGUUCAAGUACAUUUUGUACUUAGGUACUUACAAACAAAGAGAAUAUAAUCACUACGUUUACUUACAAAGUACAAACUGUUAAUAAGAUAAGAGAUUAAUAUAUUUUCAUUACGGACUACAAAAAAACUGAGUAAUAGUCGCAGUACCAGAAUACUAAAUAUAGACACACAAGAAUCUCCGCCAGGAAUUAUUGAGUUUAUAGUACAGUAUUAUUAUUACCUUUUUUUUAUACCUGGAUUGGUGACGGGGACGAACAAUUUAGUAAAGUGUUGUUUGGUGCAGAUUUUACAUUGUGUAUACUUUUUCAGUUUAAAAGUUACAUGUUAUAACUACGUUCGUUUAAUAUUGGAAAGUAAAACUAGGUACAUAAACAGUAAUUUCAAAAAGACUGCUAUCCUUAUAAAAUGGGUAAUGAUCAUUCUUCAGAAUUCGAGAAAAGGAUGAGGGAGGCUCAAACUCAAGCUGUCUUAGAAAAUGCUUUAGAAAAGCAAAGAAAACUUUAUGAGGAGAGAUUAAGGCAAUAUGUGACGCAAACACAAUCUGCACAACAGGGAAGCAAUAUUCCAAUGAGUAUGAGAAUAGAAGUUGUAGGUAACAACGUAAAUGCCAGUGGAGGCUCCAAUACGCUAUACCCGAACUUGAACGAUGAAAGAGUUGGUGUGGCUUCAACGUCUGCCGUUAUAAAUAACAAUACUCCACCUCACAUAGUCCAAAGACCAAGAUAUACACCAAUUGCAUCUACUUCAACUGGUAAUUCAAGCUUUGAAUUUGUUAACAAUGAAACUACGAGGGUUAUUCCUUCAGCGCCUCCAGCACCAUCAAAUGAACCAACAAAACCAAACAGACAACAACCUAAGAAAAACAAAGAAAGAAAUGAAUUUAGCUGCCCGACAUGCGGCAACAGAUUUGGGUUAACUAUAUUCCAAUGCGGUAGUGGACAUAGUUCGUGUAGUGAUUGUAAAGCAAAGGGUGGUUUGUGCGGUACAUUAAACUGUGGUAAAACAAUAACCGACAUGAGAAAUAGAACACUUGAAGCUUUAAUUGCUGACAUCAAUUUAACAGCUAAUACAUCUCAGUCGUCAAAUGGAGCUAAAAAAUCAGAGAAAACUAUACCUGACCGCUACCAUAAAGUUAAUUGUCCAAACCAACAAGACGGAUGCAGAUUACGAAUUCGUUCAACUGAGUUGGAAAAUCAUUUACAAGAAUGUCCUUUUAAUGAGAUGGCUUGUCCGUUAACCGAGCUUUUUGGACGAUGCUUCUGGAGAGGUAAAAUAAAUCAAUUGGACAGUCACUUUGCCGACGUCCAUCCUGAACAUCAACAAGCUGCUGUAGACAAAGAAUUGAUAGUCCAGAGUACGGAAAAUGAUUACAGAAUUGUUCAUUUAGUUCUGAUCGGAAACUUUCACUUUUUAUUUCAUAUAAAAAUCGAUACUUCUGAACAAAUGUUAUACAUGUCUACUCAGCUUUUGGGUACCGGGUCUAGUGCUGCCAAGUGGAACUACGAAAUCCACAUUUACAACAAAAAACAACCAAGGAGAAAAUAUCAGUAUUUAGAUGUGUGCCUGUCAAAUGGUACUUCAAUUGACGAGAUAUUUAGGACGAAUAAAUGUGCAGUCCUUCCUCUAGCAUACGUUACUACCUUUGAAAAUAAUGGUGCUAUCACUUAUAAAUUUUAUAUAAAAAAGCGAAUUGAUGAAUAACAAAACAUUAAUAAUAAGAUCAGAAGUAGUUAACAAAUUUAUUACCAAAUUAAGAAAUUAAGUUAUAAACAAUGUGAUUAUUAAUAUUCAUAAUUUAUAAAAAAUAAUUAAUUUCUUUAUUUAAUAACAACACAUUGCAAUAACCAAGUUAUAGUCCCGACUCUUUCUCUUUAACAUUGUACACAUAAUAUGUAUAUCAUACAUUGUGAUUUAUGAUAGUAGUAUAUAAAUAAAUAAAUACAUAAGACACCCAUAAGUUAAUAAUAUAUUAUUGUCUUGUAUCGUUAUCUCAUUCUAAAACUUUCAUCCAAAAUUUGCAAUAAAAAGUUAUUUCGUUUAUAGGUAAGAAAAUAAUAUUUUUAAUAAAUUAUAAAUAAGUAUAGUAAAAAAACUAAAAAACUUUUUAACUAUUUUCAUUAUAGAUGUUUUCUUAUCAUUAUCAUAUCAUUAUUCUACCUUUUCUUCAUGUUUAUUGAUUUAAAUAGUUUUAUGCUAUGAAACUUUCUGCGAAGGACUGUCAUUUACAUUAUUUGUUUCUAUGUAACAUAACCCAAAAACCAUCUCAGAAAUAAGAGCAGGCCUGUGACCAGCAACGAGAGAACGGAGAUAGUACGCUCAACCUAACUUUGAACGGAUUUUUUCACGAUCGAGGCCUCAUCCUUGACCUCCACCUACACACUGAAUUCCCACCAGAGUCCUUCACCCGAAAACCAAAUUCAGAUUAUAUCACACGCCAGUCCCCCAUAGAUGUUGCUACAAUACAAAUAGAGGUAAAAUUUUGUUGACAAUUACUUAAAAUCGUUAAUUAUAGUUUAUAUUAUUUGGCACACUGAAACGACUGAAUAGGACUUUUCUAAAAUAUUUUAAAUUUAGAAAUGUUUACUCACUUCUAGCUUAUUUAUCUAUUUGUAAUACAUAACAAAAAAAUUACAAUAUUAAGAUUUUUUUCGGUUUGUAACAAUGUUCUUAUCUUAUUGUAUUAUAGUUUAUGUUCCUACGUUUCUUUUAAGUAAUUUUUGUGUUUUUUUGUGAGUUAAUAAUAAAUAAAUAAAUGAUUUACUUUU